AUGUUUGUAUAUUUUGUACAACCGCCUGGCUGCCACCCUGCCCGAGAGACUGUGUGUCUUCUAUUUGUUAACUCCGGUUCAGAGGCCAACGAUCUUGCCUUGCGCUUGGCCCAGCAGUACACCCAACAUGAGGAUGUCAUAGUGAUUGACCAUGCUUACCAUGGACAUCUAAUGUCCCUCAUCGACAUUAGUCCUUACAAGUUCCGGAAACUGGCGGGACAGAAAGAAUGGGUUCAUGUGGCACCCUUACCAGACACCUACAGAGGAAUCUACCAAGAAGGUCACCCCAAUCCUGGACAAGCUUAUGCUGAUACGGUUAAAGACCUAAUAGAGGAGGUGCACAGCAAAGGCCGUAAGAUCUCCGCUUUCUUUGCUGAAUCGUUGCCAAGUGUUGGAGGACAGAUCAUCUUGCCCCAAGGAUACUCAAACAAAGUUGCAGAAUAUGUGCGCUCAGCUGGUGGAGUGUUUGUGGCUGAUGAGGUGCAGACGGGGUUCGGACGUGUGGGACAUCAUUUCUGUUUUCAGCUGCAGGGAGAGGAUUUCUGUCCCGACAUAGUGACAAUGGGCAAACCGAUGGGCAAUGGACAUCCGCUGUCAUGUGUGGUAACUACUGCCGAGAUAGCCAGAGCUUUCACAGACAACGGAGUGGAGUACUUCAAUACGUUCGGAGGGAACCCAGUGUCCUGUGCAAUUGGAAUGGCAGUCCUCGAUGUGAUAGAGGAGGAGGAUCUAAGAGGAAAUGCCAUCAGGGUGGGAGGACAUCUCAAAGAUUUGCUUGCAAAACUACAAACACGCCAUGAAAUCAUUGGUGAUGUCAGAGGUGUCGGACUGUUUGUGGGACUUGAGCUGGUUACAGACAAAGAGAAGAAGAGUCCUGCCACAGAAUCAGCAGCACGGCUGGUGAAAAGGUUGAAGGAAGAGCACCAAAUCUGUGUCAGUACAGAUGGCCCCUGGGAAAGUGUCGUGAAGUUUAAGCCUCCGAUGUGCUUCAGCAUGGAGGAUGCAGAACUGGUGGUACAAUGCAUUGAUGGCAUCCUCACAGACAUGAAAGCCAGUGACCUCAAACUGGAAAAGGAAGACAUCUAAGGUUUGCCAAACCUGUAGAAAACUUUUAAUUGCAUCAGACAUUAUAAGGUGAUCACAUUCAUGACGAUCAGAGGUAGAGAUAUGAGUAUUUAGACUAUAGGCUCCAGUAGAUCGAACAGCUCCAUUUCACUUGACAGAACAUGUUGCCUCCUUCUACUCAACACUGAUCACUGUGGGGGACUCACUGUUUUGUGACUUGUAACAGCAGCCUUUCAGGGCAUUAUGUAUUAAAGAUCAGCAACAGUGGAUUUUAAACAAUGGCAUUUAAAGGUCUACGCUUUAAUUCAUUGCAAAGUAUACCAAAUUAAACUGAAAUGUCAUUGUAAAUGCUUUCUUCCAGCUGUUCAGUGCCAUUUUGGUAGACGAUACAAUCUGUGAUAACAAGCCGAUCGACCAUUAAGUGAUGCUAGCUGCAGCACAUUGUUAGCACCUGGAAGAUGAAUGUACAUACCAAAAGAUCCUAAUAUGACACUAAAGAAAAUCCUUUUUUUUUUAAACUCAAGGAACUAAUAAACAGUUGACAUUUUUAA